UUGCUAAAUCCAAAAUGGGGUACUGGGACCUACCAGAGGGCACAGGCUGUGUUGAAAAAACAUGGAUCACAACCAAACUAGCCACCGCUUUGGGCCUGGUUGGUUCAGCCUAUCACAUCGUGGCCUUCCAGCCUGAUUCUGCAUUGGCGGCGCUACAGAGGGCUACCAACAGCACGGUUACCAUGGCCUCCAUGGGAGCAAUUUUCAGCAUGGCCACUUGUCUGAGUGCUCAGGCCCGUGAAGCCCCAGAUGACCCACUGAACUACUUCAUCGGGGGCUGUGCCUCUGGGAUCUUCCUCGGAGCCAGAACCCACAGUGCUAUGACCGGUACAACGGCGUGUCUGGGUCUGGGCACACUGGCCUUCUUCACUAAAGUCGGUAAGAUGGAGGGAUGGAGGGUAGCUGGACCCCCCAAACUAUGAGGAGAAGGAUGGAUGUACAUUUAACCAUGUGUUGUAAAAAGAGUUCAUGUAAUAAAGUUCUUGUGAGAUAAA